CCAAUCGAGUGAGACUUUCCAAGAGGCGACUCCCCAGAGUGGAGGAGCGUUAUUUACAAGAGGUACAAGGCGAAGGAUAAGAGGCAUGUCUCCAGAGGAUGACCUUCGAAGUCCCCCCCUUGGUUUCAGCGGUACCAGGGAGGAUUUCACUCUGAGUCGUGGCGACCUAGACAGUAGUCAUGAGCCUGUUGGUAGGACCAGGGCACGCAGCAGUCUCCAUACAGGAACCCCAGAGUGUGAGAUCAGCUGUCUCAGAGAUUUUGGCAAUAAAAAGAAUCCUUUCCUGAAAAUGCUAAUGGAUGCAGAAGCAGCUGCCAAUUCUGCAGCAAUCCAGCUAGUGUCGUUUAAAGACGCCAUGGACGAUGAGUAUGCUGAUUCAAGACAGUCUGCCAAAGAUAAACGCCGAAUUGCAAGACAGCGUGGGCUUCUGCUGGAAAAGCUAGAGGACUUUAGACGAAUUAAUAAGUCAGUGCGACAGAAACUGAAACAGCUCCAAGAGGCGGAGGCAAAUCGAAUUGAUGCAGACCAGCAGAUUGACACGCUGCUGAAGAAGAUCAUGCAGGCUGAGAGUGAAAAUGAGAAUUUAAAGAAAGAUUUGAGUGAGAGUGAACAGAAGGUCAGGGAGCUGAUAGAUCUGCGGAGAAAAGAGCAGGAGAACGUAAAGAGUGCAGUUCACAUGACCAAGUCAGCAGAGGCAACACGUGCUCACCUACAGGGACAGCUACGCAACAAGGAAGCUGAAAACAAUCGCCUUACUGUACAAUUACGGGCUCUGGAGAGACUCAUAACCGAGCAGAAGCUGGAGAUUGAUGAUCUGAAGGGGUCUAUCACCUCUCUGUCUGCAAAGGCAGCACAGGACAAAGAAUCUCUGAAGAAAGCCACCCGAGCUCAGAAACUGAGAGCGGAGAGAUUUGAAGCUGCUAUUGAGAAAUGCUACGCACAGCUGAGGGAAAAGGAUGCUCAGCUGGCCAAAGCCCAUUCAGAGAGAGACUCGAGGAGACGACAGAAGGAGCAGACGACAGAUGAGAAAGACAAACUCGUUGCUCAUAUAGACUUAUUGAAAAGCCAAAUUGCAGACUUGACAAUGAGAGUGCAGAAGGAGAAGGACGAGCUAACUGCAGCAAAUGAAACUCUGAUGCAAAGGCUCGAAAAACUCAGCUCAGACAACGGAGAACUCGGCAUAAAUAAUGCAACACUCAAGGAAUCUGUAGCUCAGCUGGAGCAGCAGCUCGCUGAGUGCGAGUCUGCCCUCGUAGAGGAGAAGAUCGUCUCACAGGAGAAGAAGCACCAAGCUGAACAGUGCCGUUAUCAGGUUGCACAACUUCAAGCUGAGCUCCAUGAUCUAAAGAUAAAAUAUACAAAUCUUUUAAGAGAAACAGAGAAGACACGAGAUGGAAAAGAGGCAGAAGUUGAGAAGGUGAGGCAGGAGCUGCAGGGGCGCGUGGAGGAACUGAACGUUUACCCCGAGUUACUGAAUGCAGCUGAGCAGAGUCUCUUUGAGUGCCAGGAAAACCUGCAGCGCUUGGAGAGGAAGUGCUCAGAAAAGUCAGAGUCCAAUAGGCAACUGCAGGUUAAGAUGGAGAGUCAAAGCAAACUGCUGAGAUCAUCUGCAGAGAUGAGGGCGUCCAUUCAUGAGGCCAACUUACAAUUACAAGAAAAACUGAUUUCUAUCCAAAAAGAGACAGACAAACUGCAGCAAGAGAACCUGGAGCUGGUACGGAGGCUCGCGGCUCAGGAGGAAGCUCUCAGCUACAGCAACCGGCAGCUGGAUCAGCGCUCAUCAGAGUGUCGGGCCGUCAGCCGACAGCUGGAGGCAGCUUUAGCGGACGUCAGACAACAGGUCACUAAGGUGAAAGAAGAGGCUGUUUCCAGGGAAGAGGCUCUUCAAACCAAAAUCCUGGAGCUGGGAGCCGAGAAGAGCAGAAGGGAAAGCGAGCUGAGGCUUCUUCGCCAGAGCAAGCUCAACGCAGAGAAGCAGUAUGAGGUACGUCUGAAGGACCUGCAGCUUAGCCUGGACCAAUCAGAGAGCCACAAGCGAAGCAUUCAGAAUUAUGUCGAUUUCCUCAAAAAGUCUUAUAAGGCCAUGUUUGAUGAAGGACUGCAAACAUCAACAUCUUAUUUUCUGAAAUGAUGGAGGUUUGCAUUUUAAAUCCGUUUUUAUACAGUAAUGUUUUCAGAUGUUUGUACAUCUUGAACUAUGAUGUUUUGGUGCUAUUCUGUCCUUAUGACAAGGAGCUUGUUGCAUAACUGUUACAUAAGAUUGGCCAAACUCUGAGUUGAGUAACACCUAAUAGUACUGUUGCGUAAAUAUUACACAUUUCAAGUGUGAAUGUAAGAUAGCAAAGACUACACUGGACUGUAGGAAACCUCUUUUCAAUUUCUAUUAUUUUAUAAAUUUUAAUAGAUUCAUUUAUAAAAAACAAAACAAAAGGACUUUCCAGCAGGGUAAAAUGAAAUUGCUAGAAGUACUAGCAGUCAGGUUAUUUUAGGCACAAUGCAGUAUGUACUUGAUCUGUCUUAUGCAAGUGGCUACAGCUGAACAACUUUUUUCCACAGUCUGCAUCUGAACACCAACGAAAUUAUGACAGCAGUUGUUGGCCAAUGCAAGUGGUGCUUGAAAACGAAACAUUUUAUUGGUGCUUACAUCCUUUUCAGUAACCUUUGUGUCUUUAUAAUGCAUUCAAACAGUGCACGUGUGCGAUGAUAAAUUACAUGUGCAAGUAAAGCAGCAGGCACUGCACUCAAAUAAUGUUUGAUUGUAAGUCAGAUACAUGUGUGAUUAAAAUGUGAAUUUAUGAAUUGUGCAUCACUGGUGGAAGGGUUUCCCAGCUGCCAGUAAUGGCUAUCUACACUCUGCCAUAUUAAAGACGUAGCACACUGUGUGUAGUACCUGAAAUAAGUGCCACCCUCGUGUAACACUAUGGCCUCUUCACUUAAACUUGCACAUUCUGUCAGGGUUGUGAUAUCAGAUAAUUGGCAAAAUUAUAAAUUAGCCCCUAAAGGCUGCCAGAAUAAUAUGAAUCCCAAUUCAAAUAUAACAUUCUUGCUAUCAAUACGCAAUAAGCAGUUCAUACAUUUAAAAACAAAUUUCUGCUCCAUCUUCUCCACGGGCUCUAUCUUAUAACGCUGAUAACCGUGGAAGCUUCCACGCUGUCAUUCCCAUCGUCAGUUCAGCAGAAAGCAAAACUUUUGGAUUCACAAAAAAAAAAAAAAAAAUCUAAUUUUAAUUGCAAAUGCCUUUUUGUUUGGUCACAUUUUGUCCCAGCUGUGUUUACCUGUGAUAGAAUGAAUCCAUAUUUCCAGCUGUGACUUUGCCCAUCACCCAUGAUAAAUCUUCUGCUCUGACUAGUGAAGCUGAUUCAAAAUUCAGCGUCUUUACAUCGAAACUUUUAAUUUCCCUGUCAUCCUCCCGAUGCUGGAAACAGGCAUGUGUUUGUUUGUUGGUAGUGGACAUAGCAAAGGUGUGGUGUGCACUGGUUGUGUUAUAUAUUAGGAUUCUCAGCUGGAUUGAGAAUAAUUAUGUGUAGCCAUUAGCUGUGAAGUCCAUACCUUUAGGUUGCAAAUGUAACUACCCACUUCUAUCUCUGUUGUUGGUUUGUCUAAUAAAAAUCUAUAUUAAUCUGGCCUGGAGGCAAACACAAGAGCUCCGGUAUCAGCUGCAGCGUGACUUACCGAGAUUUACCGAAAAACUGAGCCAUAAAUGUACUGUGUUUAUUUCUUUUUGUGCUCUCACUGUUGCUUGUGCUUCCCUGCUGUAUCUAUGGUAAUAAACUACUGUGAGUCCAGA